AUGGCGUUUAACCAUCCGGCAUUAAUGCAGGCUAUGCUUGCGUUGGGUAGCUUGCAGAUGGCAAAACUCCAGGGCGCGCCCCCUACCGCCGCCAUGAAGCAUUAUCACCUCAGCUUGAGAAGGACUGCGAAAAAUUACCAAAGUCCGCACCGGCGUACCCAACCGGCGACGCUGGCAGCCACACUUUUGCUCGGGUUCUAUGAGGUCUGGAACUCGGAUCACGAUAAGUGGUGCAAACACAUGUGGGGAGCUCGCGCCAUCAUUAGGGAUAUCCCCCUCCGGCGCUUGACGCGCGAGGUGCUUGAUUACAAACGGAGGCAGAAGGAACAGAUGCUACGAAACCACCAGUGCAACGAGGUCUGUUUUGCCUCGCAUGGAGAUCUCAGCGUGGACCCCGGGGCAGUCGAUACCGAACUGAUCUUCCAGAUAACCGGCCAGAAGGUUGACUAUGACCUCGCCCAGGGCCACGUUAUCGGGGGCUCGUCCCGGCCGUCACGCGUCACAGAGCGUGACGUUGAGACGUAUGAGCAGAUUCGCGAUCUCUAUUGGUGGUAUUGCAAGAUGGAUGUCUACCAGAGUUUCCUUGGCGGGACUCGGCCGUUUUAUGGCUCUUUUGAUCUCUCUCUGUUGUUACUCGGACGUGUGGCCGAUUUUGCGUCUCGUGAUCUUGCCCGGAAGCGGAAAGCGAGGAAAGCACAGGGCCCAGGUCCCAGUCAAGGACCCCCAAGUAUGGGCCCUGGCGGCGGAGGCCCCCCUCCCGGACAAGGCCCGGGUCCAGGCCCGGGAUUUGGUCGGGGUCAAUCACCGCCUUCGUUCCCGGGCUUGAUGCCAACCUCGGGCCGAGUCACGAUACCCCGGGGAUUUAGCCCGCCUCGCGACCCAACUCCGCCGAGCGACUCCGCCGAAGACAUUGACCUUGACGUCUCCACCGCUGACGCCAUGCGCGAGUGGGAGGAGAUCCGACAAGCCUUUGAGGUCUUCCGCGCGCGUCUCGGCCCGGACUUCGAGCCCCUGGGCCAUGACGUUGUGUCGCCUGAGAUGACUCCGUUUGGCCCCGCCCUCAUCUACCGGACAUACAGCAUCGCGGGCAUCUGGAUGACAUACUACAUGGGCCUCAUUGUCCUCCAUAGAGCGCACCCGUCCAUGCCGCCCGUCGCCGUGAUUGCGGCGGGCAUGGCGGCGCAACAGACAGGCCAGUGGGCCAACGAGAUUGCCCGGAUCUGCGCGGGCUUGCACGAAGACACCACCCAUGUUACGACCACGAGCACACUGGUGGGUGCGGCGUUUAUCGAAAGCUGUUUCCCUCUCUUCGUAGCUGGUGUUCAGUGGGGCCGCUCACCCGGUGGGAAUCCGGGCGGCAAAAUCCCCAACGGGGCGAAUCCCGGUGGCACAAGGGGGCGGCGCCUCGGCGUGGACCCCCCUACCACAACCCGCCCCAACUGGGCCCGCUGUUCCCGGACUCCGUGUGGAAACGGGCGCGCCGCAUCGACCGCUGCCAUCCCAGGAGCCUGA